CUGUAAACAAAUAGCGCAAGCAAAGAUAGCUCCAUAUUUCCUGAAUUAUUCCGCUAACGUAGUGAAUUUGGACGCAAUUUGAUGUUUCUCGAUUGCAAUUUUCUAUAUAUUCGAUUUUAGUGUAUAUUGCAAAAAGUGUCGCUGCCUUUCCGAUUACAGCCCAAAAUAAACCGACCCAAUCAUGCCAUUAACAGCAGAACAGGCAAUGUUACAAGUGCAGGAACGGCUGAAGUCGCUAAAAUCUCUCGUCUGUGAAAUAGAUACAGAACGCAAACGUAAUGAAACGAACAUCAACAACGUGAUACGCUUGACCAAAAUGGCAAGCGAAGACAAAUCGCCUGCCCUUAACCAUAAGCUCAAGACGCUGUAUAAAGUUGGCUUGCAGGACGCGCUGCAGGAGGAAAACCUUAUACGACAAGCCCUAUCGAAGAUUCAGGACAUUAGAAACAUACGCAAUGAACGUAGAAUUCAGGCCCGUAACGCAGGAAACAAAGAGACGAUUCGAAGAGGCGCGUUAAUGAAAAUGCUGCAGAUUUCGGCUCAAACUUUGCCGCUCUUUGUCAGCAAACCAGGAGAAAAAAUUCCUCAUCUGUGUGGGUCCAUCGCCGCAGAUAGCAGCUACAUUGCCAAACCGGGUGACAUGGUGGCCGCGUUGGUAAAGAGCGAGGAAGGCGAAGAAAACUGGAUUCUGGCCGAGGUGGUACUGUAUGUAUCCUCCACAAGUAAAUACGAAGUGGAUGAUAUUGAUGAAGAGCAAAAGGAUCGCCAUGUGCUAAGCCGUCGCCGAAUCGUGCCACUGCCACUGAUGCGCGCUAAUCCAGAAACCGACGGGCAGGCGUUGUUUCCCAAAGGUACCACCGUGAUGGCACUCUACCCGCAAACCACUUGCUUCUAUAAGGCCAUUAUCAACCAACUUCCCCAGACGGCAAACGAUGAAUACGAAGUACUGUUUGAAGAUCCAACAUACCCGGACGGAUACUCGCCGCCGUUGUUGGUUGCGCAGCGAUAUGUUAUCGCUAUUAAGCAGAAUAAAAAGACAACCUCUUGACAACCGCAACAGCACGUACAUUCGCAGUCUAUCCAUGCUCAAGGUGCUAACGGCUUAAGCACGGCUUCCUGUUCAAAUGUGACCUUUGGACACCUUCCAAAUGUAACGAACUGCAGUUCCGGGACAGGCAAUGCGGCUAUUACUUCUAGCACACUUCUUGCGACUGCAGCCGUACAUGUGAGACAAGAAUCUGUAGCAGAAAAUAUGUACGACGACGAACCAUUUUAGAUUUAUAUAUAACGAGAACUAAUCGUAAGCUCAACAUUAGUGCGAUAACAUACACAAUAAAAAUAUAAAAUC